CGUUCAUGUCGUCCGGUGUCAGAGGUCGCUUCCCCUGCCGGCUUUCAUUCGCUCGUCUCUCUUUCUGAAUCCAGCAGCGAUGGCGGAGCAGCAGCAGUUCUACCUCUUACUGAGCAACCUGAUGAACCCUGACAACACCGUCAGGAAGCAAUCCGAGGAAACGUAUGACACCAUCCCCGGUCAGACGAAGAUCUCAUUUUUACUGCAGGCUAUCCGUGAUGCGUCCGCUGCCGAGGAGGUUAAGCAGAUGGCAGCCGUGCUGCUGCGGCGCCUGCUGUCCUCGUCUUUCGAGGAGGUCUAUCCCAGCCUGGCCAUCGACGUGCAGACGGCCAUCAGGACAGAGCUGCUCGCUGGAAUCCAGUCCGAAGGCUCCUCCAACAUCCGCAAGAAGGUCUGCGAUAUCGCCGCGGAGCUCUCUCGCAAUCUCAUCGAUGAUGACGGCAACAAUCAGUGGCCAGAAAUCCUCAAGUUCCUGUUUGAUUCGGUGAAUUCUCAAGACGUCAGCCUCCGAGAAGCAGCGCUGCACAUUUUCUGGAACUUCCCAGGUAUCUUUGGCAAUCAGCAGCAGCAUUACAUGGAAGUGAUCAAGCGCAUGUUGGUUCAGUGUAUGCAGGAUCAGGAAAACCCACAGAUUCGAACCCUGGCUGCGCGUGCGGCUGCGUCCUUCGUCCUGUCCAAUGAGAGCAACACAGCUUUGCUGAAACACUUUUCAGACCUUCUUCCCGGCAUCCUACAGGCAGUGAAUGAAUCCUGUUACCGUGGUGACGACUCUGUGCUGAAGUCAUUGGUGGAGAUUGCAGACACGGCCCCCAAAUACCUAAGACCAAACCUGGAAGCCACUCUCCAGCUGAGCCUAAAGUUGUGCGCAGACACCAACCUUACAAACAUGCAGCGGCAGCUGGCGCUGGAAGUCAUCGUCACACUGUCUGAAACCGCUGCUGCAAUGCUGAGAAAACACACCAACAUCGUUGCUCAGAGCGUACCUCAGAUGUUGAGUAUGAUGGUGGAUCUGGAGGAGGAUGAGGAGUGGGCCAUGGCUGAUGAACUAGAAGAUGAUGAUUUUGACAGUUGUCCCCUUAAAGUAUUGUUUUCUCAUUGCUCUCUGUAUCUGCAGGUGAUCUCGGCGCUCUUGCAGACCAUGGAGGACCAGUCGAACCCUCGCGUCCAGGCCCACGCCGCCGCUGCGCUCAUUAACUUCACCGAGGACUGUCCCAAAACCCUGCUCAUCCCCUAUCUGGACAGCCUCGUCCAGCACCUGCACGUCAUCAUGGUGGCCAAACUCCAGGAGCUGAUCCAGAAAGGCACUAAACUGGUGCUAGAGCAGGUUGUGACGUCCAUCGCCUCAGUGGCUGAUACUGCAGAGGAGAAGUUUGUGCCGUACUAUGAUCUGUUCAUGCCCUCCCUCAAACACAUCGUGGAGAACGCCGUUCAGAAGGAGCUUCGCCUGCUCCGAGGAAAGACCAUCGAGUGCAUCAGCCUCAUCGGCCUGGCUGUGGGCAAAGAGAAGUUCAUGCCGGAUGCUUCAGCUGUGAUGCAGCUCCUUCUGAAGACACAGACUGAUUUCAAUGAUCUGGAGGAUGAUGAUCCACAGAUCUCCUACAUGAUCUCGGCCUGGGCGCGCAUGUGUAAGAUCCUGGGCAAGGAGUUCCAGCAGUACCUGCCUGUGGUGAUGGGCCCGCUGAUGAAGACGGCCUCCAUCAAACCUGAAGUGGCCCUGCUUGAUACUCAGGACAUGGAGAACAUGUCUGAAGAUGAUGGUUGGGAGUUUGUGAAUCUCGGAGACCAGCAGAGUUUUGGCAUAAAGACUGCAGGACUGGAGGAGAAAGCAACUGCGUGCCAGAUGCUGGUGUGCUAUGCUAAAGAGCUGAAGGAAGGGUUCGUCGAGUACACGGAGCAAGUCGUCAAGCUGAUGGUUCCUCUGCUGAAGUUCUACUUCCAUGAUGGUGUGCGUGUGGCGGCGGCCGAGUCCAUGCCUCUCCUGCUGGAGUGCGCUCGCGUCCGAGGCCCAGAAUACCUCACGCAGAUGUGGCACUUCAUGUGUGACGCCCUCAUCAAAUCCAUCGGCACCGAACCAGACUCGGACGUGCUGUCAGAAAUCAUGCACUCGUUUGCCAAGUGCAUCGAGCUGAUGGGAGACGGAUGCUUGAACAACGAGCACUUUGAGGAGCUGGGUGGCAUUAUGAAAGGCAAACUAGAGGAGCACUUUAAAAACCAGGAGGUCAGACAAGCCAAACGACAAGAUGAAGACUAUGAUGAGCAGGUUGAGGAGACGUUACAAGACGAGGAUGACAAUGACGUCUACAUCCUGACCAAGGUUUCGGACAUCCUGCACUCCAUCUUUAGCAGCUACAGAGAGAAGGUUCUCCCGUGGUUCGAGCAGCUGCUGCAGCUCAUCGUCAGUCUGAUCUGUCCUCACAGACCUUGGGCGGACAGACAGUGGGGUCUGUGCAUAUUCGAUGACAUCAUUGAGCACUGCAGCCCAUCUUCCUUCAAAUACGCCGAGUACUUCCUGCGGCCCAUGAUGCAGGCGCUGUGUGACACCAGUCCGGAGGUGCGACAGGCGGCUGCGUACGGCGUCGGAGUCAUGGCUCAGUUUGGAGGAGAAAGCUACAGGCCUGCUUUCACAGAGGCCGUCCCGCUUCUUGUGGGUGUGAUCCAGUCUCCAGACUCCAGAGCUAAAGAAAACGCCAACGCCACGGAGAACUGCAUCUCUGCUGUGGCCAAAGUCAUGAAGUACCGCCCAGAGUGCGUCAGCGUCAACGAGAUCCUCCCUCACUGGCUGUCCUGGCUGCCACUCAACGAGGAUAAAGAGGAAGCUGUCCACACCUUCAACUAUCUCUGUGACCUCAUCGAAAGUAACAAUCCCAUCGUUCUUGGACCUGAUAAUACGAACCUUCCCAAGAUUUUCAUCAUCAUCGCUGACGGUGUUGUGAAUGAAUCGAUUAAAGGUGAAGACGGUUGCAGCAAACGAUUGGCCAACGUGAUUCGUCAAGUACAAGUUUCUGGAGGACUCUGGACGCAGUGUGUAUCGGCGCUCAACGAGACGCAGCAGAAGGCCAUCCAGGACCUCCUGAACACGGCCUGAGUGAACGAGCGAAGCCUUAACCCUGUAAAACAGCCCAUCGAUUAAGGAUUAAAAAAUUUGCACCUGGAAUUCCACAU